AACUACUGUUAUUUGUAAACAGUAAGUUUCAAAGUAUAUAUCAAAUUAAAUGCCAUAUUUAAGAACAUUUUAUCCUUUCAGCGUGAACUCGCUGUAUGAGUCCAGUAGGCCGAAAUUCUAAUCAAGGCCAAGGCAAUCAAGGUUAUUUAUUAUUUAUUCUACUGCCAGAGUUUAGUUGUCUAUUGUCUAUUAUUAUUCUUUUAAUUUUUAUUAAAAAGCGAAAAGAAAAUACAUCGGCCUAUUCUCUCUUGAUUACUUUAUUUUCAUUUUAGAUUAUUUUACAGUUAAUUAUUAAACAAUUUAUUUUACCUGUAAUAAAUAAAUUAGUAUUAUAAGUAUUAUUAAUUAUAUUUAGUAUAAUUUAAAUUAUAAUUUUAAAAAAAUGCCACUUUGACACUGCUUACAUUUAAUUUAAUAAAUUCUAAUACUAAUCCUAAUACUUAACUAAAUUAUUUAUUUUUAUGCCUUGGAGGGGGUCACCCAUAAACGAUGUCAAGCUUCUAGCUGGGAAAAGUGUAUGUGUGGGGGGUGGAGUGUCCUUAUUUAUAAUGAUGUGCUUGAUAGGUGCCAGUCAAAGGGGCCAUUCAUCAUAAUUUAUUAAUGACGUCAAGCUAUUUUGGUCAAUUUUUUACCACCCCCCCUCCAAAUCAUCCGAAAUUAUGAACACAAAUUUAGUUUAGGCUUAGGCACUUCCAUUUAUGGCUUAUAUAUCGCACACUGACUUACAGCCUUUAUUAUGAAUGGUCCAAAAUUUGGGAGGGGGUGUAAACAAUUUGCCAAUAUUAGCGUGAAAUCAUUUAUUAGAUGCCCCUAGGUCUAUACUGAAAAAUAGGAUAGGAAAAUCAUUGUACCAUGGUCUGCUUAGGCUAGGGUCGAGGGUGACCAAAUCAAUAACUGAAAAAAACGGUACACACCCAAGGAGGGUUGGGGGGGGGGGAUAACCUCCAGCUAAAGAGGGGUCCGGGGGUCUCCGCCGGAAACUGUUCAUUGAAAUAUGCUCAUUUUAACUAUUUUGAGACCUAGAAAUCUUUUUAAAUUUACAUUCACUUUUGUAAUUUAAUUUAAACUCUGAGGCAUAUCAUGAACGAAAACAAUAAUUUUGCAGUGAAUAUUUAUUUAUUUAUACAUAUUUUACGACAUACAACACAACAAAUUAAAUGCAGCCAUCACAUGAGCCGAAGAUCACUACUGGCACUGGCUACACAGCUAGCCAAAAUAUUACUUGAAGUGAUACUAUAAAUAAGGAAGGUUUAGUGAUAUGAAAAUUUGUUUGGUUUGAGAAACUGGACAUUUAGUCGUCCUGAGAGACUUUUUUGGGACACCCAGUACGAUUGUGAAAAAACAGGACAAUCCCACUUUUACUGCAUGUUUGGUCACCCUAGCUUAGACCUAUAAUAUUAUGGGACUAGCCCCUACUAAAUAAAUUAUGCUAGUGUUUUAUUCUAGGUUAGAAAUUUGCUUAGAAUAGUUAUAGAUUAAAGUAUAUGCAAACUAUAGCUUAUAAUAGGCCUAAUUUGUCUUGAUUUAUGCCUCUUGGUUUAGAUUUAGAUGGAGACAUUUUCAUCAUUACAGAUAACAUCACAUACCCUACAGGAUGUUACUAAUAAAAUUAUGUAAUCACUUACUGACUUAGCCAAGUUGCUUUGAGACGCUUUACCCUAAUUUCAUUCUUCAGGAUCUUAAAAAAAUUUCUAUUGAAACAUGAUGUUUGAAAGUGUACUUACUCCAGCUACCCCUGAAGUGCCAACCCCGCCACCUCCACCCCCUCUUCCUCCACCUAUAAUAUGUGUUCAAGAGGCAUCCAGAAGUGUACAUGUGAAUGGUUAGUGUACAUUUAUAUUUUAAAUAUUGUCUUAAAAUCCCCUAAUGUUCUUCAGGGAACCAAGUCAAAAUUAUUAUUUAUGCCAUACAAGAAAUUAUUGAAAUUUGUUCUUAAAAAUAAGUUUAAUUCUUUUUAUUUUUCAUGCACACUAAUUAAUUCAUUAAUUUGUAUCUCUCUCCCAUCUAGAGAACUCGCAAAUAAUUUUCAGCCUCACGCAAGCCCUGGAAGAAGACUCACUGGGAAAAAUGUCUUCUUUAAUAGAAGAACAAGGUGUCGAUGUCAAUUCCACGCUUUCCUUUGGUGUCUGCAUCCUCCUGAAAGCUAUAAGGAGUCGAUCGACCAAGAUUGUUGACUACUUGAUUGACAGAGGGGCAGACCCUGAGUCGUCCAUUAGAGAUUUGAUGAAAAGACCCUAUGGGUUAGAAGUGGAAUACAGUGUCUAUUUUAAACGCUAUGAUCAGUGGUGUGUUGAUACCUUGAAGAAACUUUUGCCUAGGGUUGGGGACAAGUUGUAUGCAAUAGUGGAUCCAGAAGGUAGAACCCUGCUACAUUUGGCCUGUUAUUUCCCAGACUUAAGUAUAUUUGAGUACCUCCUCAAUCAUGGCCUUGACCCAAAUGUCAAGGACAACAGGGGAUCCACUGUAUUAAGUUUACUCAUUUCCCAUCAUGACACCCGUGCAGCCUAUGAAAUGGUUCAGCUGGUUUUGAACAUGCCCAACAUUCAGGUUGAUAUCAGGAAUGACUCUGGUUCAACCCCCCUAUAUCAGAGUUUUUUAAUGAAUCGUUUAGACUUCUUUUAUCUGCUCCUGCGCAAAGGCGCUGACCCGUUCAUGCGCACGUUUUCUGGGAACACAUUGAUGCAUUGUCCCUUUCUUCACUGUCAUAAGUAUUUAAUCCUGCAUGACUUGGGCCUCAGCGUAAAUGUAAAAACUAAUAAUGGACUGAGACCUUUACAGAACAAAGCUGAACUCAACUUUGACUUUUUUAUAUUAAUAUUGUUGGGACGAGUGGUCCUCCCUGAAGAAUAUACUAAAAUGGAAAAAACCUUUGACCCAUCAACUGUUUUGAGGAUAAGGGAAAAAGUGGAAAGAGGAGAAUUUUCCAGCAAUAGGCUGCAGGCACUAUGUCGGCAGACAAUUAGGGCUGCCCUGUUUAAAUCUGACCACAGUGCUGCUGCAGAAAACAUUUGGCUCCUUCCACUCCCUCAACCACUCCGUCUCUACUUAGAUGUCUAUCUGUAUGGGCAGCAUCUAUUAGAGGCCUUGAGUGGUAAACCAAAAACAUAAGAUCUUCGGUAGGCAGCUAAUCAUUUGCAUAAACCUAAUUUUGGGGUUUUUAAAGUUUCCAUUUAGAUAAAUUUUUUCCCCAGGUGCAUUAUUUAUCUGUUUCUGCUCUGCAAAGCUAUAAUAAUUUUUUUUUAUGAAUGAUAAAAAGAAUAGAUGAAUUUCAGUAAAACUUACUGAACAAAUGUUAACAUUAUGGUUAAAAAUGGGUGUUCUUUUUAUUAUUGUGAUAUUUUUGUUUGUUUAAAACUAAUUAAUUUAGGCAAGUUGACUAAGUUUCUUAUACAAUAUGAAUUUUUUGUUUAUAACAUAAAUAUAUUUUUUUGCAUUUUUUAAAAAGUCACUUUGAACAUACCGGUACUUUUUCUAAUAAUUUAUGGAAUAAUAAUAUACAUUUCUACUUUAUCAUUGCUAUUAACAAAUGAUAUUAACAAUUAACUCCUGUAUUCUAUUAGAGUAGACAUUCCAGAAAUACAAUCAGCAUUACUAAGUCAACAGCCUGGGGUUAUCCAACCGGAUAUUUAAUUUUAAAAUCCCAAAAUAGAAUGAGAUAUUUACAAAUGAGGGAACAGUUUUAUAUCAGGAGGUCCAUAACGCUAUAUUCUUUUGUUAUUGUUAUAGACUCAGAACAACCCAGUAAAUAUAUAAACCCACCAAAUAUAUUACCGGUAUAUCUAUAAAUUUGUGAAAAUAGUUAAUGUAAAUCUUAUACUAAACAUUGCCAGACAUGCAGUUGUUCUUUGAGGACAUGAUAUAUUUCAAAUGUUUGUUUUAUAUCUAGAUCUAGCCUAGAGGCUUCUGUAUCUGAAAUAUUGAUAAAGCUUGUGCACAUUACACUGCAAAAUGUUCUUUCUUCUUGCAGUGGCUUGUCAAUUGUUUGAUGCUUUGAUGUAUUAGACUUAUUUUAAAUUCUACUUUUUCCAGACCUAUUUUUAAUGUAAGAAAAAUCUGAGAAUUGAUGACCCAGCACCUAAUAUUUCAUCCCUCAUAUUGGGUGGGGAGAUGUAAAUUUGCUUUUACUUUUACUGUGAUGAUUUUACAAUUUUGUGCAGUGCAAUUUUAAGAUUUCAUUUUUGAAAUGCAUUUUUUUGUAUUUGUUUUUUUAACAGUAUUUUUUUAGUAGUCAUUAUCGGAUGUUUUAUAAAUCAGAUGUUAAUUAAUAACUAUUGUGCCAUACCUCUCAAGAUGCAGGCAGAUUGUUCUCAAUUAUUUCAUAGUAAUCACUGCUUGGUCCACCGGGGCGAAAAAAUUAAUUUAUUGAGCAAUGUUAAUGUGAGUGUCAUAGUGUCAUGCUUAAAUAUAUUCACUUUGUUUAACAUUGUAUAUGUUAAAGGCUGAGUAUUUUUUCAUUUAUUUCUGUGAAAGUAUUUGUAAAACAUAAUAAAAUAAAAAUAAUAAAACUA